AAAUCAAUCUGUCAGUGUCAGUGAUAGAAACGAGGGCUACGUUGCGUUGUAAUUUCUCUGUCUACUUGAUUUUUGUAAAUUUCAGCGCAGUGCUUUAGUUUUUAAUAAAUAUUUUAUAAGUGAAGUAGCGGAGGCAUGAAACGAGGAUACGAUACUAUGAAUUCUUCUAUCGAAAUUAGUUCGUACCGUGAUCAGCAUUUCAAGGGUUCCAGGAGUGAACAAGAAAAAUUACUACGAGCAUCAUCCACACUCUACAUUGGAAACUUGUCGUUUUAUACAACUGAAGAACAAAUCUAUGAACUGUUUUCCCGAUGCGGUGACAUCAGGAGAGUCAUAAUGGGCUUGGACAAAUACAAAAAAACGCCGUGUGGAUUCUGUUUUGUAGAAUAUUAUACUAGGCCAGAUGCUGAAGAUUGUAUGAGGUAUAUAAAUGGCACAAGACUGGAUGACAGAAUUAUCCGUUGUGAUUGGGAUGCUGGUUUUAUUGAGGGCAGGCAGUAUGGACGUGGCAAGACCGGCGGACAGGUUCGAGACGAAUACAGAACUGACUAUGAUGGUGGACGUGGUGGCUAUGGCAAAAUCAUUGCCCAAAAAAUUACCCCAAAUACUUUGGAACGCUGAUAGUACAAAUAGUGUGUUAAAAUUAUUUUUAAGAUAGGGAAGAAACAACAACUGUAUUACUUUUUGAUACCUUGAAAUGUCACAGAGAAAUUGAAUAAUUGAUGUUUUGUUCUUAAUUACAUAGUAUAAUAAAUUAUAUUACUAGCUGGGAACUGCCAUGUUUCUGGUUUAUUUUGUAUACUGGUACACAAAUCUGUGCAGAUACCUGUGAAGUGUUCAUCAAUUUUCAGUACUCUGACAGCAAGAGUGUGGUUACAUCAAUGUAUUGAAUCUUAUGAAAGACUGUAAUUUAUGAUAACUAUAACAUUCAAUUUGAUCUGAAUGUGAAGAAUAAAGCACUUUUUAUAGGCUA